AUGAAAAAGCUUUACAUUUUUAUGUUUGCAAUUUUAAUUGCAUAAGUAGAAUCAUUAAAAUGCGGAUAAGGAUGCUAAACCUGCAGUUCUAUGACUAAUAGUUAAAUCCCUAUUUGCACUUAUUGCUCAGCAGGGUAUCAAUUAAGCAACGGUGAUUGCAUUUACUAAGAUUGCUAACCUAAUCUAUACUUCUAAAUAGAUUAAACAUAAGAAGAUAGCUCUAUAGGAAAUUGCUCAUCUAUUUGUGAUCCAUUAUUUAAUACUGAUGAUAAUACAAAAACUUGUCAAAAAUUGGUUGAGUGUUCUUCAAUUUAUUCAACUUAACCUAACUUCUUGAAUGCUGGUAUUCCUACAGAUUUUUUUAUAUACCAACAAAUUUAUUAUGUGGCUUUUUAGUAAGGCUAUCUCUCAAUUUAUGACAAAAACUUGUUAGGUUUAAUAAAAAAUCUCAGCUACGAAUAAGAUGACUUAACUAUCUUUAGCCUAAAUGGUUCAAUAAUUGUUUUAAAAAAAGACUUUACUAUCAACAUUUGGGAUAUAGUAAAUGAGCGCAGGUAUUAUAUAGAUCAAACAAGCAUUAUUACGAUCAAUUAAUAAACUAAAUUUACAUUGCUUUUAGAUAGCUAUUUACUUGCUUAUAAAGUUGAAAAUCAAUCAUCACAAUUCUAAAUCAUUUAUGAUUUUGCGUCACCAAAUUAAAUUGUUUCUAAUUUUAUUCAAAUUAACGAAACAUGUUAAUUUACCCAAGUUAUUAAUAACUUUUUAUUUUUGGGGAAUUCAACAAAUUUGAUUGUUUACUAAAUUAGCUUUUAAGCCUAAAAAGGAAAUUUAAAUUUUACCCAGCUUAUAUACUUUUCAUUUAAAAAUUAAGGAGAUCUACAAUCAAUUAUUUAAUCAAAUAAUUCAAGUGCGUAUUUUGCAAUUUUUACUAAUAAAAUAGCAAUAAUUGAUAUAGGUGCUUAAACAUUUUUGCCUUUAACUUCUUUAACGUCAAUUAAAAAAGUAAAAUAUAUCCCUUUUGGAAAUUAAUUAAACGAUCUCCAUUUAAUAAUACUUACUCAAUAAAAUUUAAUUGAUUAUAGUUUUCUCACUUAAUAAUAAAAUAUUAUUUUGAGUGAAGCAUAAACAAUCACAGACUUUGAUGUUGGUAAUUUUUCAGGAACUGAUAUAUAACUAGCCAUUCUAUCUAAUUCAUCAAUUUUAGAAAUAUAUCAUAUUAAUAACAAUAUAUAUAAUUAGUAUUAAAUUAUCUCUUUGAAAUUCACCAGCCAAUCUUUGAAAAAAAUACCAAUUUAAUACAAUUCAUAGUUAUUGGAUUAUUAAACGAAAUAUGAAAUUGUAUUUUAUUCUUCUACUUCAAUUUAAAUUAUCAGAGAGAGUAAUAUCUAAUAACAAUAUUUAGAAGCAACAAUUAUUGAAAAUUACAAUCUUCCAUUUCCUUCUCCUUCAUCUUAAGUAAACUCUCUUGUUUUUGUUUACUCUCCUGAGCUUCUAAUCUCUUGUCACUAAAAUGGAGAUAUCAUCUUCUACGACGCUUCAAGAUAAACAAAUAUUUAUCUAAUUUAAAAAUUGAAUUUAGGAAGCUAACCAUGCAAUUUAUUAUAGAGAUUCUCUGAUAAUAAAAUUGUAGCGUUAGCUGGCUAAAAUGUUUUAUUUAUUGACCCCUCUCAAUAAAUAAUUUUAAAUAAAUUGACUAAUUUAACAAAUAUAGUUUAAAUCACUUCUAAUAAUGAUAAAUUAGCAAUCAUCUAUAGUAACUGUAUUUAAAUAAUUUCAUCAGAAUUUAAAAGUCUUUUCUUAGAAUGUCAAAGUGAUUUUUCAAGCAAUAAUUUAAAUAUUGCUCUUAAUAAUGAUUUAACAGUUUUCAUUCAAAAAUAAAGCUAAAUAGCUAUUUAUCAAAUUGAUCUAUCAACUAAUAGUGCGUAAAUUAAAUAUCUAUUACCAUCAGCUUAACAAAUAUAGUAGUUCUAAGCUAUAUAAAUAUUUAAAACUGAUUAGGAUACAAUAUUAAAUAAUUAUACUAUUGAUGAAAUAGUAUAUUUUGAUAGUUAAAAUAAUUUUAAUAUCUGCAAUAUGUCUCUCUAAAUUAUUUAUACUGUGCAGCUAAGCUUAAUUUAAACUGUUAUUUCUGUGGUAAGAGUUAUUAAUGAUGCUUCUGUAUAUUUUUUAGCAGGAUAUCAACCAAUUACAGGACUAUAUAGACUUUUUUUGGUUUCAAAAAAUAUAGAUUCUUCUAUUUUAUUGAACUCUAAUUUUUAUUUUCCAUUUAUAAGUGAACCUAAAAAACAUGUUAAUGGAUAUGGAACCAUACUUUAUAGUGUUAAGAGAUCUCUUGGACUAAGUUUUUUUACUUUAUUUAAAGAAUACUAAGUUGAUAUCAAUAAAAAUAUAGUAUAUAUCACCGGUCAUGAGUAUAUUGUUAAUGACAAUGAGUCGGCAUUUUAAAGUAAAAUGAUUGGAUCCACUUCUAACUUUUUAAAUUAUGCUGGGACAUAAUCAGGGCUAAUUUAUACUAUCAAAUUGCAAUAAAAUAGAUAUUAAGAGCUAACAUCAGAUAAAAUGUUAUAUUCUUUUCAAAAUAAUGAUUAAAUACUUGAAAUAAUUUAAAGUGCUUAUCUAGGAAUGUAUUUUAUUCUAACUAAAUACCAAAUAACAUCUUUUAAUAUUUUUACUAAUAAAUUUAUUGAAUAAUUAGCACCAUAAUAGCCUAAUGAUCCUCCUUUUACUUCAUUUAGUUUAGUUUAGAACAAUAAAAGCAUUGUUUGUUGGAAUUAAUAUUAACUGCUUUAUGCUGUAUACGGUAAAACACCCUAAAAAUAUUAUUAUAAAGGAAUGAGUCUUAUUAAUGGAUGGAUUUACAGUCUUUCUACCAAUUCCUUUUAUGUAUAUGGUAGCAGUUUACAAUUACUUAACUCCCAACUAACACUUAUUCAAUCUUCUUCUGAUUAAUAAUUUAAUAAUCAAUUAUUGUAGUGCUAAGAUGCUUCUUAAGUUAUGGUGUGCAGUAUCUCAGUAAAUUCAUUUGUGAUUGUAAAGAAAUUAGUGAACUAAUUCUCUUUCUAAAGUGUCUAAGUAAAUGGUUUUACAAGUUAGUUCAUGAUAUAAGUGGAUGAAGAAUACAAUAAUAUAUUUUUAUAUGAUUAAUAAAUCUAAGUAUAUAACUUAAAUGGAGUCUAUAUUUUAGGAUAUAAAUUUGAUACUUAGUUUAUUUCCUUAAGUUUUUCAGACACUCGCCUAAUGUUCUUAUCAUAAUCAUUCCUUAUUACUAAUUAAUAUACUUUUACAUAAGUUUUUGUUUACGACUCAGAAUCUUUGUUGACUAUUGCAAAAAUAAAUGGUUCUUUUCCAGCAAACUCACUUGGAGAUGUUGUAGAUAUAUUUUUUGAUUACAGCAGUGCAUAAAUAACUUAUUUAGAUACAGUAGGUAAUGUAUAUAUCUAUGAUUUAUAUGCAGAUUUUCCACUUCAAAGUAAUUUCAAGAUUACUGAAGUCUUGGAUAGAAAUGAAUAAUUAGUUGGUUUAUCAUAUGAUAAUAUAACUAAUAAUUUAAUAAUAUAUAGUACUUAAACUGUCUAUUUAAUUGAUUAUACAUUAUCAGGAUACAGUUAUGAAUCAUAAUUGAAUGAGGUAAAUAAUUAUUUUACACCAAUUACAAUAAAUAGUAAUUCUUUAGAAUUUUUACUUUUUAACAAUGACAACGUGGUAUUCAGAUAUUCAAAAUAUAAUAUUAAAUUUGAAAAUAUUAUAGAUGGUUCACAAAUUGUGGAUUUUAUGUACAAUUUAGAAUAGGAUAUUAUGAUUAUCGCUUAAAAAGAUCAAAUUUUAUUUUACUAUAAUUAUCAAUUCUCAAGAACUAAUAACUAAUUACCUGUUUUAAAAGUUCUAAAAUAAAUUUAAUUCUUUAAAUUUUUGUAAUAUAACAUUUAUCUUACCUAUGAUAAAAAAAUAAUUUACUGCAAUAUCUUAACUGGAGAGAUUAUUGAUUUUGCUUAGUUAUAACCAUCUGUUGUAGUAACUUCGAACUUAAUAAGUUAAAAUAAUAAUAAAGUAUUUAUUGGCUUAAGUAAUGGUUCGAUUUUGUAUUACGAUUUAAUCAAUUUAAGUAAAUAGUAUUUUACUAUUUAAAAUAAUAAUUAAAUUAAUACAUCAGUUAUAUGUAUUAUUUUAGAUGAAUCUAAAAAAUAAAGUAUUACUCUCUAUUUUGCCACAAAUGGUGGCAUCCUCUAGAUUAUAGAUGUAGUAAAUAAUAAACUCAUUUAAUAAAUAAAUCUUAUUUCUUUGGUAAAUGAAGAUCCAUCGAUCAUUUUAAAAGACCUUACAAUUGAUUUUACUUAUUCAAGAUAUUUGGGUUCUAUUUACAGUCAAGAGAGUUAAAUUUUAAAACUUUAUGGGCUACAUUAGUAAGGAAUAUUUGAGAAUAAUUUCAGUAUCUCUUUAUAUGAUAAUGAUCAGCAAUUUUAGUGUUCAAUUAUAAUAAGUGAUGAUGAUAUUUCUUAGUUAAAUAGAAAAAUUUCAAAUAUCUCUCCUAAGCAAGAUAUAAUUUACACAAUAUUAGGAUCAUCGACUUAAAACCAACAAAAUUGGGAGAAUUUAAUUUACUUAUAAAAUGAUAUGAAGUAAACUUAGUAGAUUUCUUUAAGUAAAAAUGUUUAAAUUUUCAUUUUAUAAAACAUAACUAUUAAUAAUUAAUGCUAAGGAAAUUUCUAGAUUAACAUAUCAAAUAUUUAAAAAGUAAUUCUUUAAUCUGUUAAGAUCUCUCAAUUAUAAGAAUGCAGCAAUAAUAAUACUGAUAAUGCAUAACCUUACUUUUUAAAUUUUUUAAACAUACCUUAAAUAUAGAUUUACGACUUAGAUAUUUCUGAUGCUAUGAUUUAGCUCAAUAAAAAUUUUACUCUUCUUAACUUCAAAAAUAUAAACACUAUAAUAAUAGACAGUGUUAAUAUAUCAAAUAAUCAGAACAUAAACUCAUUCUUUUAAUUUGCUUAGAUAAACAAUAUCACUAUAUCAAAUAUUAAGAUUAACAAUAAUUAAAACAUUUAAUAAAAUAAUAAUUCUUUGAAUAGACUCUUACAAUAACAGGUUUAGAGUAUAAUUUACAAUUUAAACGAAGGGGUUUUCACGAUAAGCUAAUCUUAAACUGUUUCGAUUUAUAAAAGUGUUUUUUCAAGCAACAUAGCGUAAAAUGGUGGAGCUAUUUUCUUUACAGACAUAUAAAAAUAAAUUAAUUUUACUCAGUGCCUAUUUUAAAAUAAUACAGCAUAUAGUAAUGGUGGUGCUCUUUAUUUUGAGAAUAUAGGUUCUACUUAACUUUAUUUCGAUAGUUAAACUAUAAUUAUGCAAAAUUAAGCUUUAAUAGGAGGUGGAUUGAGAAUUAUCUAAACUAACUCAGAUAAAGUGAUACUACCUUAAGGCUAUCCUUUUGAAAAAAAUAUAUACUUAAAUAAAGCUAGUAUAUUUGGAGAUAAUUCUGCUACUUAUCUUCAAAAAAUAAUAAUAUAAAAUUCAAACACUUAAAAUUCUUAGAAUGACUACUAAUUUGCAUACUAUAAUAAGGAGAAUAAUAUAUCUUAAAAUUAUUACUAUCAAGUUGAUAUUAAUCAUUUCUAAAGUGGAGGUUAACUUUCAUUAAAAAUGUUUAUAGUUGACAAUAAUAACCGUUUUCUAUCCUUUUCAUUACAAAAAUUAUUAAAUAAUUCAUAUCCAAGUGAUAUUUCUAAUGAACUUAAAAGAGAGAGAAUUUUAAAUUAUAAUUAAUAUAAUAGUGAUACUUAAUCAUUCGAGCUAACUGGAUUAUAAAUUUAAGGAGUUUUAUCAUCUCAAUAAUAAUUUUCAAUAGACUCUAGUAUAUAAACUAGCUCUUAGAUAUAGCUACCUAUUCUUUUAUAAAUUACUUUUAGAGAUUGCUAAGUAGGUGAAAUUAUUGAGGAAUAAAUAAAUUAAAUUAUGAUAUGCAAAAUUUGCUAGUAAGGCACAUAUUCAUUAGUAGAUCCUAAAAGUUUAUUUUAAUAAUCACAAAAUAUAAAAUCUGGAGUAUAAAAUGAAUGUAAUAACUGUCCUAACUCAGCUCUUGAAUGCUAAGGCUAAUUUAUUUAACUUAAAAAUGGUUAUUGGAGACAAAAUAAUUUGACAGAUGAAAUUGUUGAAUGUAAUUCUUAAUUUUUAUCUUGCUAAGCAGAAAAUCCUUCAUCUAUAGAAUAUUGCACAGAGGGUUAUAUAGGACCAAUAUGCUAAUAAUGUGACAAUAUAGGAGAAAUAUGGAAAGGAUACAGAUAUAGUUAAUCUGUGAAAAAAGGUUAUUGCGAAUAGUGUUAUGAUGAAACCAUCUAAUGGAUUUACUUUUUACUUAAAAUUAUUGCAAUGAUUGCAUAUUUCUUAUUCACUACUUUUGUUUUUAUUUCAUAAUUUAAAUAUAAUCAAACCUGUUAUUAUUUAAGAAGGAUAAAGCUUCUACCUAUUUCUAAGAGCUCAAUAAGUGAUUACUCUGGCUUUUAUAUAAAGAUAGUAAUAAACUACUUCCAGCUUUCUUCUCUUUUGUUACCUUAAUCUUAAAUUUUGCCAGUGAAUAUUAAUAUCUUAAGCUAAUAUUUAGGAUAAACAAGCAGAUAACUAAGUUUAGGAAUAGAGUGUAUGGUAAGUGUAGAGAGCUUAAAGAAAUAUGGAUAAAUAGUUUUCUUUUCACUAGUUUAAUUUUUGAUGGCAAUCUUUCUUUUUAUUCUUGUUUUAGUUAUUCUUAAAACUGUAUAAAUUUUUAUCAAAAAUAAAAAAGUAGAGUAAUACCAUUACUUUACAUUUUUCCAUAUCUUUAUAAUUUUCUAUUAGAUAGAUUAAAUUUCUUAUUUUUCUAAAGGCUUAACUUGUGAAUAAGUAGGUAGUUAAUCCUUAAAUCCUUAUGAUUUAAGAGUAUAAUGUGACGAUAUGAGUACAAUUAAAUUUGUAUAUCCAUAUUCAAUUGUGGUUCUACUAUUCUGGACACUUUUGCCAACUUUAUUCCUUAUAAAAAUAAUAAAAAAUAAAUCAAGAUUAGAUGAAUGUAAAAUUAAAUAUUUUUAUGGAUAUUAUUAUGGUGAGUUAAAAACAGAAUACUUCUAUUGGGAGUUUAUUAGAAUUUAUUUAAAAAUAAUAUUAAUAUACAUUUAUAUAUUACUCUAAUCAGCAGGUACACUUUCUAUUAUCUCAAGCUUGAUUUUUAUAGGAAUUUACAUAACAGCUCUUAGAAAGAGAAAUCCAUUCAUUUCUUAGUAAAUUUAAUAAGGUGAAAUUUAAGCUUAUUCACUCUUAAUAAUCAAAAUAUACUUAAGUUAAAUAAAAACUUCUACUUAAAGUAUAUAAGUAUUUAUUGAAGUAGUAGUUAUUUUAAUAGAUUAUUUAUUUUUCUUAAUUUGCGGAUACAAAAUAAUUGUUUAUAAAGCAAGAUAAGGUUUUAGUUUCUUUAGUAGAUUAUUCAGGGGAUUACUUUAAAAAUUUUUAACAAAAAGAUAUUUCGAGAAAGUGAUUAGUAAAAAAACUACUUUUAAGACAUACCUUAACUGGAAAUUUAUUAAAUAUAAUAUAUAAAAAAUUAUUCAAUUGAAAGCUUCUUAAAACAUAAAUAUAGCUGCAUCCAAAUUGAACUUAAUUUUAACUAGUUAAAAAACUGAUACUAAUGAAAAUGCGAAUAGUAAGAAUACAAAAUUUUCAAAUUAAAGAAAGGUCUCAUAAUAUUUAUCAAGUGAUAGUCUAAGCUCAUACAGAAAAAAUCUUUCUAGCGAUUUCAAGCUACUAAACUUUCAAUAGAAUAUAUGUGAAGGCUAUACUACACAAUAGAAUGAUUAUAUAUUAGAGUCAGACAUAAAUCAAGUAGCAGAAGAAGAAGAUACUAAAAAUCUUAAAAUGUAUAAAUUCCAUUCAAAAUAAUCAAUUCUUGAUUCUAAAUAGCUUAAUAAUUGA